ACCUGUCUGGAGCGGCCGCUGCAAGGACACCGGCUGCAGCAGGGGAGGUGCUGCCAGAGCUCCGCACUCAGCAAAGCCAGGGCCCGCCCAUGGCCACCCAUGGACCAAUCAGCAUGCACUUCCUCCCUUCUGAACCCAUAAAAACCCCCCCCCGGACGCAGCCAGACUCACGCGAAGUCAGGAGUACCAGCUGCGGGAAGGAGCUGCCCCCUGUGCGUCUUCUCAACUUGUUGGGACAACCUUCCUGCGGAAAGGAGAGACAACCUGCCUGCAGAAAAGUGCUACCUGCUUCAGGUCUACUGAGAGCUGUUCUGCCACUCAAUAAAGCUCUUCUCCACCUUGCUAAGCCUCCAGUUGUCCGCAAUACCUCAUCUCCCUGGACGCAGGACAAGAACUCAGGACCCGCCUGGAGGUGCCCACAGCAGAAUCCACAUGCCGUACAUCUGGUCCAGCCUCACGCAGAGCCACAACUGUGCUGGCGCCUGGAGCUGCCAGCCCCACUGCAGCAGCCGCCUUUAACUAGCUGGGCAGUUUCUACCGCCUGCCUCUUGGAAUCUAGCUUCCGUGUAAAAAGUGAGACUUCUUUUAGAUACCCUUGCUGCAAGAAGGUAAGCCAAGUGAAGAAAGCCUGGAGGAUGAGAAGCCACAUGAAGAGAGAGAGGUCAAGAAGCCCUAAGGCACCAGAUGUGAGUAAAGAAGCUAUUUUGAAGAAGAUUCUUCCACCCCAGCUGAUGCAAUAUCGAUCAGAAACGACCACCCUUUGGAGCCAUUUCUACAUUCCUUACCCCAAAAAAUCAUUAGCAAAAUAAAAAUGAUUGCUUUUAGCUAUUAAAUUUUGGGGUAGGCAGUUGUCCUGCAAGAGAUAACUGAAAUAAUGAGCAUGUCACAUUACAUAAUUAGUAAACCAUAUAAUGGAGCUAGCCUAAAUUACAGACUGGGGCAGGCCAGCGUGAAGCUGGCACAAAAUUCAAUGAAAAACAAAACAUACUUUCUGUGUUCUGCCAAAUGCUGUUAGGAAAGAGGUGGACACACUCAACUCUUCUGAAUGGCAGAGUGGCAUAAUGAGAUUUGUGAUUAAAGAUGAUCAUACUGGGAGAAAUUCAGAAGAUAAGUGACACGGUGGAGACAUUUGAGGAAAGCAGCACCAUUCUUCUUUUAUUAUUAUUAUACUUUAAGUUCUGGGAUACACGUGCAGAACAUGCAGGCUUGUUAGGUAGGUAUACAUGUGCCAUAGUGGUUUGCUGUACCCAUCAACCCGUCAUCUAGGUUUUAAGCCCCACGUGCAUUAGGUAUUUGUCCUAAUGCUCUCCCUCCCCUUGGCCCCAGCGUGUGAUGUUCCCCUCCCUGUGUCCAUGUGUUCUCAUUGUUCAACUCCCACUUAUGAGUGAACAUGCAGAUGCAGCACCGUUCUUAUACGUGCUCUUGAAAUUGACCAUACAAGGAUGAUGAAGGCAGACAAUGGAAGAGUCACAGCAUAGAGAGGAGCAACACACUUGGAAAAAAUUAGUAAUCAGAAUCACGGAGGUUUGAUUAGGAGAAAGGAGUGAGAGAACAAUGGUUGCAGAUGACUCUACAAUGCUUUGCAAUCGUCUAAGACAGCAAACACAGGAGAAGGAGCAGCUAUAGUGGGGCAAAGGUGGCUAAUGAGUCGGUUUCAAAUGUGUUGAAUUUGAGGUGCCUAUGGGAUUUUUAAUGAUUGCAGUCAAGUAUUGGAAAAGCGAUUGUACUGUGGUUUUACUCUGCCAUCAUUUUCCCCUCUCUCUCACACUUCCUGAUUAUUUUUAAUAGAGGGCAGCAAUCCAAGAGAUGUUGGUUGCUACUGAGUUCCCACUAAUAGCUUCAUACAGAUUCUCACAUUGUAAUGGUCCUAACAUCCCAACAACCCACUUUUCCCAUUUGGUAUUUUUUUUUCGAUAUCUAAUUACAGGCAUAAGAUCUCAGUAAUGACUGGGUUACAUUUUCUGCUAGACAAAUUAUGGACAUAAUUAUAGGCACAUGUUCAGUAUAAUAUUGAAACAUCUGAUGCUUCUAUAGAGAAGAUAAUUGUCAAUCUUUGUAGUGUAAUUAAGUCUAAAUGGGAAUCCUCAUCAUUUUCCAAAUGAGCAAACAGUGAGCUAGUCUUGAUUGGCUGUGUCAUGGCAGCUAGUGAAAUGGAUUUGCUGUGUAGGUUAAUUAGUCAUGUAUGAAUGUCACAACCCUCAGAAAACUCGACAUUAGCUCUAAGUAUUAGAGUUAAUUAGCAGUACAUUGUUGCAACUCUCCAUGAUAUUUACCUGGCUUAUCUUUGGAAAUCUAGCCUUUCAUUUUUUUUUUCCUGAAUCUUCUCAUAGUGAUUCAGAUCAUUUAAAUUUUCUACCCAUGAAUUCCAAUAAACAUGAGACAGCACAGGAGCAAGGAUUUACAGUGAAACAGACCUGGGUUCAAAUCCCUUUCAAUUUCAUUCUUAUGGUGAAAAUUUUGACUAUUUACUGUUAAUAUCUCUCAGUUUCAGUAGUUUAUCCAUAAAUACAUGUUUAAUCGUAUUUUCAAUGCUUUUUUAAAUAAACUUGAGGCAUUAAUAAGUCUUUUCCUUAAGUCUUUCUCCAUACAUAUGAUUAACUACAGUUCAGUAUUUGUUUACAGCCUUUCCUUUGGUGUAAAAUGUAUUGCACAAGGAAGAACACAAACCUUAACUCUACAUUUGCGAACUUUUGCAAAUACAUACACCUGUGGAACCCAAACCUCCAUCAAGAAAUAGAACAUUAAUAUCAUUCCAGCAUGUUCCCCUAGGCCUCUUCCCAGUCAAAUCCUGUCCUACCCCUCCAGCGGAAGCAAGUUUUCUGAUAU